AUGCCCCCUAAACCAAUCAACUCGCCCCCGCUGCACCCCAAGAAGGUCGACGGGUUCGUGCGCCACGACGACGCCCCGCUCGAUGACUACGAGAAGGAGGCGUGGAAGUCGCAGGAGGAACACGAGAAAGAGAGUGAGGGGCUGGCGUUCGACGCACCGAGACGCCUUACGGCGAAACAUAUCACUCAUCAGCCGGUGAUGGAUCCGGAGCUGCGUUUUUAUGCGGGUUGUUACGGGGGUGAUGUGGUGUUUGGGGGGUGA